AUGGGUAAAAAACUGAAGGAAGAGAGUUUGGAUCCCGUAGAUUCGUCGGAAUAUGGGGAACCUGCUCAGUAUGACCCCACCUUCAAUGGACCCAUUCGGAAAAGAGGCUGCACUGAUGUCAUCUGCUGUGUUCUCUUCAUGGUCGUGAUCCUUGGCUACAUGGCAGUGGGAAUUUUGGCCUGGCUUUAUGGUGAUCCCCGGCACGUCCUCUACCCACGGAACUCUACUGGAAUGUUCUGUGGCAUCGGGCUCAAUGUAGCUCAACCCAGCGUGUUCUACUUUGACAUACUGAAAUGUGCCACAUCAAUCAACGUCAUGGCCGCCGUCCUUAAUGGGUUACAGUGCCCCACCACACAAGUGUGUGUGGAAAAGUGCCCAGAUGUAUUCUGGGCUCUGAAUCCUUUGGCCUACUUACCGAACGCCACGCCACAAGACUAUUUCAACCAAUCACUCUGCGUGCCAUCCUUUGACCUAGCAUCAACUAAACUGAAAGUUAAAGAAAUUGUGGAUCAAGAGCUGUGCCCGUUCUUCUACACUCCUACAAUCUCUGUGCUGGGAAGAUGCAUACCUGAUGUUACCGCUCUGAAAAAUAUUCCUAAAGACUUUGCCAAUACGCCAGGCUUGCCAUCAAGCAUCAAUGAUACAGUCAAUGGCAUCAGGAACGCCACAGGUGACAUAGUAAACGGCUUCAAUGCCAAGGAGAUCGGAGUGAGAAUCUUUGAGGACUUUGCGUCAUCAUGGCAGUGGAUCAUCGCUGCUCUAGUCAUAGCCAUGGUUGUCAGUUUUCUGUUCCUCCUCCUGUUGCGGUUCAUCGCCCCUGUUAUGGUCUGGGUCCUUAUAUUUGGAGUUUUGGCAGUAGGUGCCUAUGGUAUAUAUCACUGCUGGUGGGAAUACGACAACUACAGAAAGUCGACCGUCUCCAUCACUGACAUAGGCUUCACCACCGACUUCAAGGUCUACCUUCAGGUCAAGGAGACCUGGCUGGCCUUCUUGAUAAUCCUAUCUGUGGUAGAGGGUAUUCUUCUCCUGACCUUGAUCUUUCUACGGACCAGAAUCCUCAUCGCCAUCGCUCUCAUCCAGGAGUCCAGCAAGGCUGUCAGUCACAUGAUGUCUACACUGUUCUACCCUCUCGUCACCUUUGUUCUCCUGGUGGUGUGUGUGGCCUACUGGGGUAUCACUGCUCUGUAUCUGGCCACUUCAGGCAUUCCAGUGUACAAAGUGGUGACUCUCAACUCUACUCAGGGUAACUGUGGCCAAAUCGGCGGCAAUGUGACCUGUGACCCACAGACAUUCUACAACUCUACAGACUACUCGUGGUGUCCGUCGGCGCGCUGCAUCUUCAUCAAGUACAACAACGAGGGCCUGCUGCAGAGGAACCUGUUUAACCUGCAGAUCUACAACGUGGUGGCCUUCCUGUGGUGCAUCAACUUUGUCAUCGCCCUGGGCCAGUGCACCCUGGCUGGGGCCUUCGCCUCCUACUACUGGGCCUUCAGCAAGCCCUCAGACAUCCCCACCUUCCCCUUGUCCCAGGCCUUCAUCCGCACGCUACGAUACCAUGUUGGCUCCCUGGCGUUUGGUGCUUUGAUCCUCACCCUCAUCCAGGUAGUUCGAAUCAUCCUGGAGUACCUGGACCACAAGACCAGAGCGGCUCAAAACCCCUGUGCUCGGUUCCUUAUGUGCUGUCUGAAGUGUUGCUUCUGGUGUCUGGAGAAGUUCAUCAAGUUCCUCAAUAGAAACGCCUACAUCAUGAUUGCCGUAUAUGGAAAAAACUUCUGUGUCUCCGCGAAAAACGCAUUCAUGCUUCUAAUGAGGAACAUUGUCAGGGUGGUGGUGUUAGAUAAAGUGACGGACCUGCUGCUCUUCUUUGGGAAGCUGCUAGUGGUGGGAGGAGUAGGUGUCCUGGCUUUCUUUUUCUUCUCUGGCAGAAUAAGACUACCAGGCAGCAAUUUCCGUACUGAAAUGCUCAACUACUACUGGAUGCCCAUUAUUGUGGUUGUGGUGGGAGCGUACCUCAUUGCUCAUGGAUUCUUCAGUGUGUACAACAUGUGUGUGGACACACUUUUCCUCUGCUUCUUGGAGGACUUGGAGCGACAUGACGGAACGAUGCAGAAGCCAUACUACAUGUCCAAGAACCUGAUGAAAAUCCUCAAUAAAAAGAACAAGGGACCUAAAAAGGGCAAAGGAAAGGAUUGAUGAAAUAUUGCCUUGAUAUUAAUCACUGUAUAGCACAGUCACUUUCAACAACCUAGAAAUACCCAAAAACAUCACAUCCUAGAAAUCUAAUUUCGUUUUUUUAGUUAUGUUUCAGCCUUAUCACGCCUUCCGUUUACACAAAUUUGAUCACUUUUUUUGCACUUUCAAUUUGAGAUUACAUGUGGUGACCACACGUGUGAACGGAGAAAUAGCUGGAACGUAAGAAAAUCUCAUAACAAUUUGAAUUGACCAAAGCUAGAGCUGUUUAUUAGUCUCUGACCAAAACCAAAUGAUUAUUCUCUUGCAGUGCUUAUUUGUUUUCAGAAAAGAGACUAUUUUCUCAAGUCAACAAAUUAUUUAUCAGAUAGAACAAAAACUUUUGAG